UCACCUCAUUUUCAAACAUCAUCUCUCCACCUUGUUAGAUACAAUUUGAUCUCCAUAUCAUAGUUCACAUAUGCAUAAUUGAAUGACAAAUAUAAAAUAAUAACAAAGUGUAGAAAAAAGAUUGUAGAGAAAACAUCAUGUUAUAUCUCAGAAAUUUAAACAGAAAUUUAAAAAUUAGAAGAAAAAGGGCUUAUUAAGGUUAUACGAAAAAUAUAAGCACAAUCUAUCAAGAAUUAUAUAGAAAAAUUUGAGUGUAUUAUAAAUAAUAUAUAAAAAGAAAAAAGCUUAUCCUUCAAGAGUUUUUACUGCUCGUGGAAAUUCACACAAACCAGCAUGACUGCUCCAAUCAGCACUGCCAUGGAUAGUUUGAGCGCUGCUCUAAAAUCUAACAUAAUCCCAAAUCAAGAAUAUCUGCUGCAGGGAUCAGUAUUGGACACCUCAGUCGAAGUACUAUUGCAUAGACUUCGUGGUUUAUGCGAUAAUGUGGAUACUGGACCAGAGCCCUUUUAUGAUCAUGAGAUGUGUUUUAGCAUUCGAAGAGGCUCACCACAGGAACAACCUCUGCUACUGCGAGUUCGACGUGCUCUAGAUGCAAUCCACUCAGAUAUGCCAUGGCAAUUGCGUUAUAUUGGCCAACCUGAACUGGGUGACAAAUCUAGACCAACAGUUGUACGUAGUAGCAUUGAUAUUGCUACUAGCAACACUGUGGUAGAGUUUCUUACUGAAUUGGGUUGCAAACUGGAUUUUGAAUAUGUCACUCGCGGUUACAUGUUCCGUAAAGGCCGAAUGAAAAUCACAGUGUCAAAGAUCUUCAAGGUCAAUCAAGGCAAGGUGCCAGAAGGUGUGCCAGAAAUGAUAUCGCAAAGUUAUUUAGUCGAACUGAGUGUAUUGGCUCCCAGUGGACAGGACGCCAUAGCAGAGGAUAUGAGAAUAUUUGCUGAACAGCUGCGACCUUUGGUGCAAUUGGAAAAGAUAGAUUAUAAGAGACUGGUCCAUUAGGAUUUUCUAAUAUAAUUCAUAAUUUGAGAGCUAACGUAAUGUAUUAAAAAUUGACUAAAUUACUCUUGUGAUUAGAUAAGAAAAUGGCAAAGAAAAUUCUUAAAAAAUUUUAGGAUAGAACAUUUUAUAGUAUAUUUAAUAGCAUGUGUAAUCUUCAACUUAACAUGAGAGAUUUAUCUUACAUAAGCUGUGUAGUAUUAAUAUAAGAAUAGUGGAUAUUGUUUAAAUGAAUAUCU